AUUCUUCAGCUGCAGCAUCACUGGACAGAAGAAGUGGAGGUGGGGGGGUGCCCAAAACACUGGUUUCACUUAUUUAAGAGGCAUGACAGGAUAAUUACAGCCCAAUCCUGAACAUUGCAUUUCCCUUUAUAUUUUCUGUUACAUCAGGAUAUUGCUGAAUUGGAGUAGUGAGGGAAUCCCCUGCGACUUUGUGUCUUGACGAGCAGGUUUAGAGAGGGUCUAUAGGGAUUGUAAGCCCACCAUGCUUCUUCAAACUUGAGGAAGGAGCUGGGACCUGAGACAGUCUCUUGGAAAGGUGGAGGAAAAGGAGAUCUUUUUUUUGCAGAGAUGUCAGAGCCAGCAUUGGACUUUUCCAAAGUGGAAAGUUUUCUGGACAAACACCCAGAUCUUUUUGAGGACUACCUGAUCAGGAAAGGAAAAUAUUGCAUGGUGGAGAAGUGGCUGAAGAGGAACCAGCUGUCCAAAACGCCUUCCAACUCGAGCAGCGAUGACAAGAGUAAGGAUUGCUGGGGUGGUCGUGGGGAUGGGCUGCAGAGGAGGGCAUCACAGAAGGAACUGAGGAAAAGUUUUGCUAGGUCCAAAGCUAUCAAUGUCAACAGGACCUAUGAUGAGCAUGUGAACUCCAGAGCUCAGGAACCCCUCACCAGCAUGAGGAGGAGAGCUUUACUGAGAAAGGCAAGUUCUCUCCCACCCACUACUGCCCACAUUCUCAGUGCCCUGUUGGAGUCUAGGGUGAGCAUCCCCCAAUAUCCAUCCACUGCUAUAGACUACAAGUACUACCUGAAGGAGAACAAUGAGAGGGCAUUUUUCUUGGAACUGGUCAAAGAUAUCUCUAAUGAACUCAACCUCACCAGCCUGUGCUACAAGAUCCUCAUCUUUGUGUGCAUCAUGGUGGAUGCAGACCGUUGUUCCUUGUUCUUAGUGGAAGGAUCAGCAAAUAAGAAGAGUUUGGUGUCAAAGUUCUUUGAUGUCCAUGCUGGUACCACACUGCUCCCUUCCUACAGCAUGGAUAACUCUAAUGAGGUCCAGGUUCCUUGGGGAAAGGGCAUAAUCGGUUAUGUUGCAGAGCAUGGAGAGACAGUAAACAUCUCUGAUGCCUACCAGGUAGGUCCAUUCUCACCUGAUGCUUUUUUGCAAGCUUGGUGUCUUGGGGCUGGAGUUUGGACAUAUAGUGCAUGUCUGUUCUUUGUGUUUGAUGAAAAGCCUCCAUGA